GUUCUUGACCCAGGACUCUGUACAGUCCUGUCUAUCAAAGGCAUCGUAGAGAUUUAGCGCAGCUUCCGGCUGUGGUUUCAACUUUACGUUACGUAUAUUCCGUAAUUUCCUUUCCGGGAUAAAAUAGGUCUCCGCGGUAGUUGUCGUCGGUUGGAGUUUCCGUCUUGUCGCAGCUGUUGGCUUUCAGCUCGUGCAGUACAAUACAAAAAGAGCGGGUGGAAAGAUAUAUACAACUAUCUGUUGCUAACUAGUAUAAUUUACGCUUUGCACGCUGGACUUAAAUCGGGAUAUAUUUCCACAUGCCGUAGCUAUCAUAUGACUGCAUAAAUAAGGCAAGUUUGUCUUCUUUAAGGAAAAAACCUUUAAAGGCCUUUUUUAGGGGGCGGGGGGAAGGAUGUCGAAACGGGUCCGGAACAGCGAAGUCUGCGCCGACUGCAGCGGUCCGGAACCUCGCUGGGCCUCCGUGAACCGGGGCGUGCUGAUAUGCGACGAGUGCUGCAGCGUCCACCGGAGCCUGGGCCGCCACAGCUCGCAGGUUCGCCACCUGACACACACGCCCUGGCCGCCCACUCAGCUGCAGAUGGUUCAGAUGCUAUACAACAAUGGGGCAAAUUCGAUAUGGGAGCACUCUUUGCUGGAUCCAGCUUCCGUCAUGAGCGGGAAGCGGAAGGCCAUCCCUCAGGACAAAGUGCACCCAAACAAAACGGAGUUUAUAAAAGCCAAAUACCAAAUGCUUGCGUUUGUUCAUCGCAUGCCGUGUCGAGAUGACGACAGCUUUACAGCGAAGGACCUCAGCAAGCAAUUGCACUCGAGUGUGCGAACUGGUAAUCUGGAGACGUGUCUGAGGUUACUGUCCCUGGGAGCUCAGGCCAAUUUCUUCCACCCGGAAAAAGGGAACACUCCACUGCAUGUGGCUGCCAAGGCAGGCCAAGUCUCCCAGGUAGAGCUGCUCACGGUUUAUGGCGCUGACCCAGGGGCUCCGGACAGCAAUGGCAAAACGCCAAUCGACUAUGCAAGACAAGCAGGCCACCACGACUUGGCUGACAGGCUGGUGGAGAUUCAGUAUGAGCUUACAGACAGGUUGGCGUUUUACCUGUGCGGGAGGAAACCAGAUCACAAAAAUGGACAGCACUUCAUUAUCCCCCAGAUGGCCGACAGCAGUCAGGAUUUAUCGGAAUUGGCAAAAGCUGCAAAAAAAAAGCUCCAGUCUCUCAGCAAUCACCUCUUUGAAGAGCUGGCGAUGGACGUGUACGACGAGGUGGACAGGAGGGAGACAGACGCCGUAUGGCUGGCCACUCAGAACCACAGUACCCUGGUGACAGAAACAACAGUGGUGCCUUUCCUUCCUGUGAAUCCAGAGUACUCGUCAACAAGAAAUCAGGGACGGCAGAAACUCGCCAGGUUCAACGCGCACGAGUUUGCGACGCUUGUCAUCGACAUCUUGAGUGAUGCCAAACGGCGGCAGCAGGGGAGCUCGGUCACCAGUCCCAAAGAAAAUGUGGAGCUAAUUUUGAAGAACGUGAGCAGCAGGCAUGGAAGCGAAGGCCAGGACAAUGAUCAGCCGGACUAUGACAGUGUGGCAUCGGACGAGGACACGGAUCCGGAUGCUCCUACUGGGAAAGGAAACCGGACCAAGAGCGUGGACUCGGACCUGUCGGACGGGCCCAUCACGGUGCAGGAGUUCCUGGAGGUGAAGAAUGCUCUGUCGGCCUCAGAGGCCAAGAUUAAGCAGCUGAUGAAGGUGAACAGCAGCCUGAGCGAGGAGCUGCGGCACAUGCAGAAAAAGCUUCAGUCACUGCAAAGCGAGAACACGUCUCUAAGGCGGCAGGUCACAGCCAAUACGUAUCAGGCCCCCCCUGGUGGUUCUGAGCAGCCCGACCCCGCAGGCCCGAAACGCUGCCCGACCGUGCGUGGCAGCCGGCCCAUGUCUAUGUAUGAGACCGGCUCGGGUCUGAAGCCCUAUCUCCCCAAGGGAGAAGCCCCCUACCCAGAAGAGAGUGUUUCCACUCCGCAGCCCCUCCCACCUCAUACCUCCGCGCUGGAGAAGCAGAGCAGCGUGCCGGACAGUGACUAUGACAACACCGGCAACAAUGUGGAACCAGACGAUUUAGGAGUCAUUCGGAGAGGCAAGUUAAGGAGCGCCGAGCCGGACGACGAGCAGGUGGAGCCGGACCCCACCCUGCCCAGCACCGAAGACGUCAUCCGCAAGACGGAGCAGAUCACAAAGAACAUCCAGGAGCUGCUGCGGGCCGCCCAGGAGAACAAGCACGAGAGACCGUUUGAGCGUGAGAGCGAGGGCCCCCGUCGUCUCAGGCACAGCCUGGGCUGCUUCGGCACCCUGGUGCCCUGGGUCGAGAAGGACCCCCCCCUGGGCCCCCAGCGGCCUGAUCCAGCCUCCUGCUUCAUACCGUGCUCAGAAAGAAUACAUGUGGCUGUAACGGAAAUGGCUGCCCUCUUCCCCAAGAGGCCACGCUCGGAGACGGUGCGCAGCUCCCUGCGCCUGCUCACCUCCAGCGCCUUCCGACUGCAGUGUGAGUGCAAGGCGGCAGCGGUGCCGGAGGGGGGGACGAUGCCCGACACACAGCUGGUCACCCAGCAGGUCAUCCAGUGCGCCUAUGACAUCGCGAAGGCUGCCAAGCAGCUGGUCACUAUCACCACCAAAGAGAACAGCAUCUGAGCUCUGCCUCUCAGCUUUCCCUUUACUAUUUAACAAUUGGAGCCAUUAACUUUUGUGUUUUUUUUUUUCUUUCCUAUCAGUAUUAAUAUUUGCAUGUUUUUUUUUUUUUAAUUUAAAGAACAAAGAUCAAGGUUCCCAGCUACUAUAAACAAACACCAGAUCCUGUUUUACGCUGGUUUGAAGUGGUAGGUGGAGUUCAGUGUUGUCAGGAAUUGUAGAGAUGCAGUGUUACUUUUAUUUUGAUACAAUGCAUUACAGGUUGCGACAGCAAACCACCACUGUGGAUUACAUAUUCAGUAGCGUUUCUUUACAAAGACCGGAAUAGCAGCUACCAUUUCCUCCCUCCCCCCGCUCUCCCUGUCUGGUUUUGCACUGGUACAUGUGCAUUUAAUGUGGUUUCUUUCUAGGUAAACUGUGUCAUUUUAACAGCUCAAACAGCACAUUGUGCCACAGCAGAGAAUCAUCAGAACUUUUAAGGAAACCAUAGCUCAGCGAUUUACAUACAUUGGCUCGAAUACCUCACCUGUUGCGUGUAAAUGAUCCCCUGCUUACACAAAACAUUAAAAAGCAGACCUCAUUCUGGUCAGUGUUCAUUCGUCCAGAUCAGUCCAACCGAUAGAUGAGGUGCUCAGUAAAACUGGGAGACUAACUUAACAUUCUGAGCCUCAGACUCUGAUAUUCAGCUUUUUAAAUGUCAGCGUUCACUCUUGCUUCUCUCAUUCCAAAAUACUUCGCUUGUGCAGCAGGAUGUUAGUCUUCUAACAGAAUAUCCACCAGCGAUGGGAUGGACGUUUGUGCGUUAAUCCUCCGUGCCGUAUGUUGUGUGUUGUCCCUCAAGCUGCUGGUAACUUGUGCAUCUAAAGCCGUGCGAUUGUAGCGUUUUCCUCUACCAGAGAAUCCAUCUUUCUGUGUUUCACACCUUAGUGUUAUACUUGAAACCCGCAAUCCAGGAAGUGUCUGCCUGCCCGCCCCCAUGCUUGGGGGUGGGUCCUGCACACAGGUGUGUUAGUCGUGUAGUGCUCACGGCUGUGGUGGGAAACUUGCCUUUUAUUUUUUAAUAAACUAUUUAUAACCUUAACCUCAGACAUUUUGUUUUUGACCUUUUACUGUACAAAUGUGUUGUAAAGUUCUUCCCUGUACUAUAUUUGUCUGAAGUGUACUGUAAACCAGGCUUCAAAUUAAACAUCUAUGAGACAA